CUCUGGUUACAAUCUAACCUCACCGAGGGCAACAUAAACCUUAUCCUUUCCUCCGCGCGCACACUCUCUCUCUCUACUCUUUUCUCUCCUCUAUCUCUCUUCUGCGACUGAGAGGACCUUGUUCUAAGCUCGUCAAUGGCGUUUCAGAUCUGAAGCUACUACGAAACUCGAGUGAUAACUGCUAGACACUGUUUUGACCUUCAUUUCUUGAGGAAAUUGAUCUGUGUGAGCUGAGCUAGAUAGUCUACAAUGGCGUGCUCGUUUCCUGAGGAGGUGUUAGAGCACGUGUUCUCGUUCGUACACUGCGAUAAGGACCGAAACGCUGUGUCUCUGGUGUGCAAGUCGUGGUACGACAUCGAGCGGUGGUGCAGGAGGCGGAUCUUUGUGGGGAACUGCUACGCGGUGAGCCCUACGAUGGUGAUAAGACGGUUCCCGGAGGUGAGAUCUAUGGAGCUCAAAGGAAAGCCGCACUUUGCGGACUACAAUCUGGUGCCUGAGGGUUGGGGAGGGUACUUGUACCCUUGGAUCGAAGCCAUGGCUAGUGCUUACCCGUGGUUGGAGGAGAUUAAGCUCAAGCGGAUGGUGGUGACCGAUGAGGCAUUGGAGUUGAUCUCGCGAUCGUUCAGGAACUUCAAGGUCUUGGUCUUGUCUUCGUGUGAGGGUUUCACUACUGACGGACUCGCCAUCAUUGCAGCUAACUGCAGGAAUCUGAGAGAACUUGACUUGCAAGAAAGUGAAGUGGAUGAUCUGAGUGGGCAUUGGCUUAGCCAUUUCCCUGAUACAUUCACAUCACUGGUAUCCCUUAACAUUGCUUGCUUAUGCUCUGAGGUGAGCUUCUCUGCCCUGGAACGUCUGGUGUCUCGGUGUCCCAACCUGAGGACUCUCCGGCUCAAUCGUGCUGUACCCCUCGAGAGACUCCCCAACCUACUUCACCGUGCCUCCCAGUUGGUUGAGUUAGGUACGGGUGCUUACUCAGCUGAGAUCCGGACUGAUGUUUUCUCAAACUUAGCAGGAGCUUUUUCCGGCUGCACACAGCUCAAUGGCUUGUCUGGCUUUUGGGAUGUGGUUCCAGCCUAUCUUCCAGCAAUCUAUUCUAUCUGCUCUGGGCUAACUUCUUUGAACUUAAGCUAUGCCACUAUCCAAAGUCCUGAUCUUAUCAAGCUUGUUAGUCAGUGUCAUAAUCUGCAGCGUCUAUGGGUACUGGAUUACAUUGAAGACAGUGGACUUGAUGCUCUUGCUGUGUCUUGUAAGGAUCUGCAAGAACUGAGGGUGUUCCCUUCUGACCCUUAUGGCGUUGAACCAAAUGUAUCCUUGACGGAACAUGGCCUUGUCUCAGUUUCUGAGGGCUGCCCUAAGCUCCAGUCAGUUUUAUACUUCUGCCGUCAGAUGUCUAACGCUGCAUUAGCUACCAUUGCUAGGAACCGUCCAAACCUGACCCGUUUCCGUCUCUGCAUUAUUGAGCCUCGUGCUCCCGAUUAUCUAACCCUUGAACCGCUGGAUGUUGGUUUUGGGGCCAUUGUUGAGCACUGCAAGGAACUGCGGCGUCUUUCCUUAUCUGGCCUCCUCACUGAUAGUGUGUUUGAGUACAUUGGGACCCGUGCUAAGAAGCUAGAGAUGCUUUCAGUAGCCUUUGCUGGGGAUAGUGAUUUGGGCCUCCAUCAUGUGUUGUCGGGGUGUGAGAGCCUGCGGAAACUGGAGAUUAGGGACUGCCCCUUUGGGGACAAGGCUCUCUUAGCCAAUGCUGCAAAGCUGGAGACAAUGCGAUCCCUUUGGAUGUCUUCUUGCUUGGUAAGUUUCGGAGCAUGUAAACUGCUCAGUCAAAAAAUGCCUAGGUUAAAUGUUGAAGUUAUAGACGAGAGGGGACCACCGGAUUUGAGGCCCGAAAGCUGUCCUGUUGAGAAGCUUUAUAUAUAUAGGACAGUUGCGGGUCCAAGGCUUGACAUGCCUGGUUUCGUAUGGACAAUGGAUGAAGAAGACGCAGCAGCAUUGAGGCUUUCUUGAGAGAUUACUCUGGGAUUGAACUCCUCCGAGUCUUGCGAAUGGACAUAGCAGGUACAUGCUGUAUAUGCUACUCAUCAAUUUACAUUCAUCUUAAUGGAUGCUUUAUAUAGUUUCCAGUGCCAGUUGAAGUGGGGAAAUGAGAUCUUUAGAGGUAUAGAGUCUCAAGAGCUCGAAUGCCAUCUAUUUUACGCUUGGCUGAGCUAUCUGAUAGCCGUUAUUGAUUAAUAAAGAGAUUAAACUCUUGUUACAAUUAUGUGUCUCUAUCUAGAGUUGUAUUUGUUUUUGGCAUGGUUGCCGUGUAUACUAUUUGCAGACUUUUGCAUGUUUGUGCUUCUGAUUUGUGUUUGUUCAGCAACAAAUUUGUCUUCUAGGCUCCCAGUUAUUGUUGUCCUUUCAAGGAAAUAAAUUUUCAUGUUAUAAUGCA